CCGCGCGCGCGGAAGGGGCGUGGCCGCGGCGCCGCUUCCGUGCUGGCGGCGAGGCGGAGAGGCGGCAAGAUGGCGGCGGCGGCGGUGCUGGAGCUGCAGCGCGCGCAGUCCCUGCUCUCCACCGACCGCGAGGCCUCCAUCGGCAUCCUGCACUCCAUCGUGAAACGUGAUGUCCAGGAAAAUGAUGAGGAGGCGGUGCAAGUCAAAGAGCAGAGCAUCCUGGAGCUGGGGUCGCUGCUGGCCAAGACCGGGCAGGCAGAAGAGCUGGGAGGACUCCUGAAGUACGUGCGGCCCUUCCUGAACUCCAUCAGCAAAGCCAAGGCCGCGCGCCUGGUGCGCUCCCUGCUCGACCUCUUCCUGGACAUGGAGGCAGCCACGGGACAGGAGGUUGACCUGUGUUUAGAGUGUAUCGAAUGGGCCAAAUCAGAGAAGAGGACUUUCCUACGCCAGGCUCUGGAGGCGAGGCUGGUCUCUCUCUACUUUGACACCAAGAGGUACCAAGAAGCUCUGCAGCUAGGCUCCCAGCUGCUUCGGGAGUUGAAGAAGAUGGAUGACAAGGCACUGCUGGUGGAGGUGCAGCUCUUAGAAAGCAAGACUUACCAUGCCCUGAGCAAUCUGCCAAAAGCAAGAGCAGCCUUAACCUCGGCACGCACUACGGCCAAUGCCAUCUACUGUCCCCCCAAGCUGCAGGCAGCGCUGGACAUGCAGUCAGGUAUUAUCCACGCAGCAGAAGAGAAGGACUGGAAAACAGCCUAUUCAUAUUUUUACGAGGCAUUUGAGGGCAAUGAUUCAAUUGACAACCCCAAAGCCAUCACUGCUCUGAAAUACAUGUUGCUGUGCAAAAUCAUGCUCAACAGCCCAGAAGAUGUGCAAGCAUUAGUGAGUGGGAAGCUUGCUCUGCGGUAUGCAGGAAGACAGACAGAAGCACUAAAAUGUGUGGCACAGGCCAGCAAGAACCGGUCGCUGGCAGAUUUUGAAAAGGCUCUGACAGAUUACAAGGUGGAGCUCAGGGACGACCCCAUCAUCAACACUCACCUGGCCAAGCUUUAUGAUAAUUUAUUGGAACAGAACCUGAUCAGAGUCAUCGAACCCUUCUCCAGAGUACAGAUUGAACACAUAUCCAGCCUCAUCAAGCUCUCAAAGGCUGAGGUAGAAAGGAAACUGUCACAGAUGAUCUUGGACAAGAAGUUUCAUGGAAUCCUUGACCAGGGCGAGGGUGUCCUGAUCAUCUUCGAUGAACCCCCCGUAGACAAAACUUACGAGGCUGCCCUCGAGACGAUUCAGAACAUGAGCAAAGUAGUGGAUUCGCUCUACAACAAAGCCAAGAAGUUGACAUAGAGUUGAAUUUGCUAGCUGUCAUUUGGAGAGUGUGUGUGACAGGAGAGUGAAACCUUUGGGAAAAUGUUAGGAGACUUUUUUUUUUCUUCUUUGUUCUACUUUUCGCUCGGAAAGUUUUUAAACUUCCUCAUCCAGUGCAUCUUGUAUUCCAGACGAUGCGUGUUCCAGUUUCCAUGUAAUCUUUACUGGCCGAACUUUGUAUCUGGGGGGGGAAUAUUGUUUAAACAAAGAGGGUAUUCUCAAUAAAAGGAAAAAGGCUUACACUA